AUGGCGGUCCCCACCAGCACCGAUAAGCUCACUUACAUCCCCGCGGAGGAGAUCGACCAAGUCUUCGCCCACACCACCAAUUUGGCCUCGUCCGGCUUGAACAGCAAGGUGCUGGCUACCUCCAACGAGUACUUCGCUGCCGCCUCCAACCUGCUCACGCCGACUCCCCCCAUCAACCGCCCGGGCGUCUUCGUCCACACCGGUGCCUGGUACGAUGGCUGGGAGACGCGUCGCCACAACCCCGAGCCCUACGACUGGGCCGUGAUCAAGCUGGGAGUGGCAGCUGGCACGAUCCAAGGCGUGGAGGUGGACACGGGCUUCUUCGUCGGCAACUACGGCGAGAAGGCCGAGCUCCAAGGCACCUACGCCCCGGCCGACAGUGGCGUAUCGGACGCCGAGAUCGCAAACCCCAACUACGCCGGCUGGUCCACCAUCCUGCCCGCUCAGCCCUGCGGUCCUAAGCAGCGUCGCGCCUGGAAGCUGAACGACUACGACCCCGCCAACCCCAAGCCCUACACUCAUGUGCGCCUGCUGAUGUACCCGGACGGCGGAUUCGGCAGACUCCGUCUCUACGGCCAGGCCAUCCCGCCGGCCGCCGCUGCUGCCGCGGCGUCGCAGGCCCCCGUCGAGGAGCUGUCGUCGGCGCUGCUGGGCGGCUUGGCUCUGGGCGCGUCCGACCAGCAUUUCACCCCCUGCUCGAACCUGCUGCUUCCCGGCCGCGGAAAGGACAUGGGCGACGGAUGGGAGACGGCGCGGUCUCGUACCCCGGGCCACGUGGACUGGGCCAUCGUGAAGCUGGGUCUCCCGGGCUCCGUCAGCAAGAUCGUGGUGGACACGAAGGAUUUCCGGGGAAACUUCCCCCGCACGGUGCGCGUGCAUGGGUUGGUUGCGGGGAGCGUCGCCGACGGCGAAGUGCCGGCGCACGACCACGCCGGGUGGGCGGAGCUGAUCAAGGGCGAGAAGCCGUGCCAGGCGGAUACGGAGCAUGUCUUCGAGGGAGCGGACCUGGCCGCCGGAGGCGAGGACACUCGCACGUUCACGCACGUCAAGCUGACUCUCGUGCCGGAUGGCGGCGUCAAGCGGUUCCGUAUCUUUGGAAAGAGAGACGCUGCGGCCGAUGCUGCCCGGCUGGCCUUGCGAGUGUAG